UAAGACAUCCCCUUUCCCUCUUAUACUUUUUUUCUCUUCUUGCUUAUCAUUUUCUUCACCAAACAUUUUUCUACGAAAGUUUCAACCAUUUUGAUGCCAUAAUUCAUUCAUUUUCCUGGAAAAUAUAAAAACCAAAGCUACAUUAUCAAACUGGGUCUUCCUUCUUUUUUAGAAUUAAACCAGUUCCUGAUCUGGGUUUUCACAUUGAGCUAACAUACUUUCUUUUUUUUUUUCAAAAUGGAAAACCAGUUUUUUCUUGGUGCUCAGGGACCGCCAUUAGACUUUGGGCAGUCAUUAUCAUCACCCUUAUCAACAGCUUGGCAAUCCUUAUCUUCACCCAUGGAAAUUCAAGCAACUGAGUUGAAUUCAACAGAUUACGGUUUACAAUUUGAGUCAGCACUGAGUUCAAUGGUGUCUUCUCCAGUAGCAUCGAAUUCGAAUCUCUCUAACGAGAGUUUUAUGAUCAGAGAAUUGAUCGGAAAAUUAGGGAGUAUCGGUGGUAACUCCGGUGAGAUCUCUCCACAACCAUUAAUAGCUAACAGCACCAACACAUCUUGUUACAGCACUCCAUUGAAUUCUCCCCCUAAAUUAAGCUUACCAUUGAAUACUUUAGUGAAAGAGAAAUUACCCAGAUUAGGGAAAUCAAUGGGUAUGAAUGCAAGCGUGACUGAUUUCUCAGCCGAUCCUGGAUUUGCAGAACGAGCGGCGAAAUUCUCUUGUUUUGGUAGUCGAAGCUUUAAUGGCAGAACGAGUCAACUCGGACUCAAUGAUACUUCUUCCCCUUCUCCUUCCCUUUCCCCUUACAGAUCUAAUCCAUUAUCAUCAAAUCGCAAGAUUCCCCGUGUUUCAAGCAGUCCUUCAUUGAACGCAAUGGUAAUUGAACCAUUACAAGAUCGAUCCGAGUUAUCUCAUUCUCAAGAAGAAUCCUCCAUUACCAAUGGUGACCCAAGUUUGAAACCUUCAAAAGGUACCAAUUCAAGGAAAAGAAAAACAGUCCCCAAAGCAAAAACAAAUGAAAUUUCAACAUCCCCAUCAACAAAUGCUCCAAAGGGGACUGAAUCAAAUGAGAAACGAUGCAAAUCAACCGAGAGCAAUGGAAACCAAAAUGAUUCGAUCAAAACAGAGGAUGAUGCAAAAGGAAAUACAAAGCCACCUGAGCCACCCAAAGAUUAUAUUCAUGUUAGAGCAAGAAGGGGCCAAGCUACUGAUAGCCAUAGCUUAGCUGAAAGAGUCCGCAGAGAGAAAAUCAGUGAGAGAAUGAAGCUUCUGCAAAAUCUUGUCCCUGGUUGCAACAAGGUGACUGGAAAAGCCUUAAUGCUGGAUGAAAUUAUAAAUUAUGUUCAAUCAUUGCAACGUCAAGUUGAGUUCCUUUCAAUGAAGUUAGCUUCAGUGAAUACCAGGCUGGACUUUAACAUGGAUGGUUUAAUGCCAAAGGAGAUGUUUGAAUCAAACAAUAGUUUGGCACAUCAAAUAUUCCCAAUGGAUUCCUCGGCAACAGCCAUAUUUGAACAGCAAAAUCCAGCACUACAUCAUCAUCAUGCCAAUAUGUCUAAUGGGACAAUGUCCCAAUGCUUGGUGGGCCAAUUAGACACUUCAAUACAUCCCAAUCUCAACACCCAUUUACCCCAAAUUCACCAUUUCACUCCAUCUAUGCCUCAGUACCCAGCAUUUUGUGAAGGUGACCUUCAAACCAUAGUUGAAAUGGGGUUAGGCCAAAAUCAAAGCAGGGAAAUGGCAUUACAAUCAGAAUUCCAGGGUUCAAAUCAAGUAUCCCAGAUGAAGGUUGAGCUCUAAUAACCAUUUUAAUCCAGAAUGGCUGUGAUGUUGUAUAUAUUACAAAGAAAUUUAAUAUGGGCCCAUUGCAUGAAUGAUUUUGUAUUCUAAUUUUCAUUUUUUUUGUGGGUUUUUUUAAAGCCAAAUUAUUCAAUAUAAAAUUUGGGUAUUUAAUGGUGCAAAUGGUCUUCAUAGCAAACAGCACCACUUGUUUGUAAGAGAAUAGUAUUAAUUAAUGCUAAUUACUAUCAUUAGAAUUUUUAUUUUA